UCCCGGCUGGACUCGCCGCAGGGGACGGGCAAGGCAGGCAGCCACACUCGCCGGGCGGCGGCUCCUUCUCGGACCGGCCGCUUGCUCGACCAGCAGUCUGUGAGAUUCCAGACGUAUUAACGGAGCAUCUGCUUAAGCUUGCAAAGGUGCUGAACUAUGGCUGACUUGGACCACAGUCUCAGUCUUGCAGAUGCCCUGACAGAGCCUCCACCGCAGAUCGAGGAGGAAGUGAAACGGGAUUUCAUGGCCACCCUAGAAGCUGAGAAAUUUGACGAUGUGGUGGGAGAAACAGUUGGCAAAACGGACUAUGUUCCGCUUCUAGACGACGACGAUGUGAAGGCUGGGAACCAGGAGGCGAAAACCAAGCCCCAUGUCGACAGUGUUCCGGUGGAACGUACUUCAGCUACUGGACCUGCAGCAGUGGUAGAGAACGGCGAUCAUGCAAUAGAAGGCAGCAGGAAGGUGUCUCCAGGAAAAAUCAUGGAUGAUCAAAUUUCCUACAAGGAAUUUCUGGACCACAAUAACUCGUGGAAGGUGGAUGAAAGGGACCGAUGCUUCGAUCCUCAGCCAGCGUUUAAGCCCACCGAUGUGACAGAACCUUUUAAGAUGCACCGUGAAGAUGUCCUGUCCGACCUGCUGCUGCUUCCUCAGGAAAUGACGAGUGUGCCAGCUUUCGGGGACUAUUUUGGAGCGUCAAGUGAAGUCCAUGUGCCUUAUGGAGCUGCAGGAGUACCUGGGCAGCCCCCUCUGGGCCCUCCACAUUCUCCUGCAAAUGUUUUUGACCCACUGGCCUUUCUUGACGAGGAUCUGGGCGCAGAAACUCUGCUGAAGCAAAACGAAGCAGUACCUGCAGGUGAAAUGGGACUUCCGGAAGAUUUCUGGUUGAGAAGUGGGCCCAUAGUCGAGACACAGGAAACCCCUUUCUUUGAGCCACCAGUGCCCAGCAAGAUCCCUGAUGUGGCAGAGAUGCACUUAUCAGCAAAUGUUGCAAUGGGUCCUGUGGAGCUCCCAGGAGAACCUAAACUACCAGAGGCAAAGCUGUUGGCUCCAGCAGGCAGCGCAGGUCCUGCCUCUGCAGUGGAAGAGCUGAUGGGAUUUGAGCCUUGCUUUGACCACCGGUCUCUUCAUUCUAAAGAAGUUCUAGCAACCUGUCCGGAAGCCACUAUGACCAAGGAUCAACACACAAAGGCCAUGGAGUCAGCGGCCCCUGCUGCAGGCAGUUCCUUGUUGGAGAAGCAGGAGGACAACAAGCCCUCGCCCAGCCUGCCCAAGGAGAAGGAGAGCAGCAGCCAGUCUCCCAGCAAACAGACGAAUGAGGCAGUAAGCAAGUCUGGUCAGGAGGUGAACGAGAGCAAGGCGGAAGAGGCAGUUACACCUCCUCCCAGCAAGAAAGCAGAAGAGAUGAAGCCCUCUCCUGCCCUUUAUACGGAGGCAAGAGAGAGUGACUUGCCCGUCCAGAAAGUGGAGGAAAGCCAGAUUUCUCCCAGCCAGCCUACUGAGAGGGUAGAGGAGAACAAGGCCCCUCUCAGCCAGCCUACAGAGGAGGCAGCCAGUAAACCACUUGUCCAGAAAGUAGAAGAGCACAAACCUUCUCCCAGCCAGCCUGCAGAGAAGGUAGAAGAGAGCAAGGUCCCUCCCAGUCAGCCCUCAGGGAAGCAAGAAGAGAAUAAGCCCCCCUCCUCCCCCAGCCAACCCGUGGAGCCCCUUCCCAUGCUGGAGGAGCUUGAUGAGAAAAGCAAAAAAUCUCCCAGCAAACCUGCUGAGAAACAAGAGGAACAAAAGCAUCCACCAGCCAAGCCUGUGGAGCAUUUCCCAGAACUUGCAGAGUCGGAGGAACCUGUGCCUCUGGGAGAACCCCAAGUAGAGUCACGGGGACCCUUCCCUGGAAAGGCAGCCUUUGAUCUUGCUGAAGCAGACAAGUCCAAGGAAGCACCCGAGCCUCGCUCUGGCCAGCCUGCGGCGCAGCUCCAGGAAAAGGCCUCUCGGGAGCCUGCAGGUUUCUCUACUACUCGAGUCAGACAAGCUAAUAAAUCCAGUGACCGCCGCAGGUUUGCCAGAACAAAGCCUUUUGCAGAAACCCCAGAGGAGCUUGCUGCACACUUUCCAGCACAGAAAAGCCGUCAUCAAGGAGAAGGUCACUUUUCCACACCCGAAUACGGCUGUGUCGCUGGAACGUCCCCACAGAGCAAGGCUGCUCCUCGGAAAGUCGUUGGUCAGCUGUUUGACCUUCCGGAAGGCCAGAAAGAUGUCUUGCAAGAGACCUGGGAUCUCGAAGCAUCCGCAGCAUUUAAGAAGAAGAAGAAGAAACCAAAGCAAAAGAGAAGCCAGCAGUCCAGGUCGGUGGAAUCAUGGGAGGAAGCCCCUGAACGGCUGAGAACUCCCCUGUGUGAUAACGAGCCCCGAAAAUCUGACAUGCCACUUGCUGUGCCCGCUGAGAGCUCCAAAGAGGUCACAAGUGUCUCCACAGGAGUUCUUCGGACAGAUACUUCUAAGCGCGAAAUGGAGUGGCAACUUUUGAAUGCUCAGAGCCCAGCUUUAUCCGCAACAGGAGAGCCGAUCCAGUACACUGAAGGCUCUUGGAAACUUGAGCUGAAUGCAAAAGCAGUAGAAUUUGGCAGAGCGGAAGUAAUGAGUGAGGACAGGGCGAAGUUGCUGUCUAAAAGCAGAAAGAAAGGAUCUUCCAAGGAGCAGAUGGAGGGCCACGACGAGCAGAAUAAACCAGGAAGCCCCACAUCCCCCCCAGCACAAGCUGGGGAAAAGAGGAAAUUGGAGGGCCAGCCUCCCAGUAAUGUGGGCCUUGACAUAUCUGCUGUGGGUGUCAAACCCACAGUAAGCAGUUCCGUGGCUGUGACUGGGGAAGCUACAAAAGCAGCAGGUGUGGAUGGAAAGCUGACACCAGAGGAUCUGGUUCCUGGAAGUGGGGUCUUGGAAGGGGAACCCAAGCAGCAAGGUGGGGAUGGAAAAGGCGGAAGGGCUGGUAAGGAAGCAGCUAGUUCCCCAUCAGAAGGGAAGACCGUGGAAGUAUCCAAAGAAAGGAAGUCCGUUGAUAAAAUUAAGGAAAGCUGCCCGGUGGUGUCGGAACCAGCAGAAGCAGCAAAAACAGGGACUCUGUCAGGCAGUGCUAAGGGGAGCUGUCUAGUGCCACGUGAGAAGCCUGUUUUCGGUUCUCUAGAAAAUCCCUUUUCCUGGGAAGCACAUUCAGAUCCAGUGAAGCCUCUUGUCCCAGCUGAGACUCUUGGAGGCGGAAAAGUGCCUUUCCCUGAGACGAGCACAGCUGCCUGCUCCAGUCCGUCUGAAAAGCCAGCUGUGGCUCUUCCCAGGGUGGCGGCCGAUCAGCCUAAAAAGAGGAGCAGUGAUGGGAAAAGCAAAAAACCCAAACAUUACUUGGAGCAGCAGCUCUUGCUUUCAGAGGACACCUCUGAUCCGAGUCAGGCUCUGGCUCUGGAAGAAGUGGCCGCCCUCCCAGAAACAGCGAGCCUUGAUGCCGCAGGCCAAGAGGUGAGCUGCUCCAGGGCAACGGACAGUAAAGCGGUUCAUAGCUCUGCAGGGGUGGGAGAGAAACCCAAGAAAAGGGGUAGUGAUGGGAAGAGCCGAAAGGCUGCUGAAAGGAGUUCCUUUGGGCCUCCAGUUUCCCUGCUGGCAGAGAACACUGCAGGCAGCCUUCCCGUUGAGGUGAGUGAGGCUAAUCAAAUGAGAGAGAGGGCCCUUUCCGAUAAAGAGGCGCGCCUGGAAGCGGCACGCCAGUCACUGGAAAUUGCUGCAGAUACAGCAGAACAGCAAGUCCGUUCUACGACAUCCCAAACUGGAAAACAAAACGUGCCUCUGACCUGGAAGGAUGAGUGGGCUGGCUUCCCUUCCUCAGCAUACCCCUUUAUCAUGGAAAUCCCAUCCAAAGUGUCUGAAUCUCCUACCACUUUUGAGGCGGAUGCCCAGCCAGAAGGAACUGUUCUGUCUGAUAAGGGCAAGGGGCCCAGUUCCACCCCUGUAGAGGGCUCCCUCGUGGCAGAGCCGAGUUCCAUGUUGCUGAUGGGUAAGCCCAAAAAGAAAACCAGUGAUGGGAGAAGCAAAAAAUCGGGCAAGAAUGCUACAGAAGAGCCAGAACCUGGCUCCAGUACGAGAAGGCCCUCCAAGAAGAUGGCCACAACUAAAGAAAUGGGUGCUGUUGACAAAGGUGAGAUACCUGGUGGUGACCUUGUACCAUUGGAGCAGCCAAGUGGAAGCCAACUGCAGAGUCCUGCUAUAAAGUUGAUGGAAAGAACUGAAGGGAAGAAGGAUGAAGACUCUAGCACAGUUACCCAAAAUAGUUGCUCUGAACAGCCGCCUGCUUCGGCCCGUAAAAUGAGCCCUGUGAAGCCGGAGCCUGUUACCAAAACCAAAGAUGUACCUUCCACUCACAAAGGCCAGGAAGUUAGUCUCGCUGCCUUGGAGCAUCUUGCAGAAGCUAUAACUUCACCAAAAGUGCACAGUCCCCUCAAAGAGCUAGCUAAAGAAGAGCCAAAAUUCCUCAGUAAUGAAGGGCAAGGUCACCCUGCUUUAGAGGCAAAGCUGGAUACUGCUGCAUCUGAAGAGGAGGGUCAGACUGAGAAAGGUCCACUCCCCACUAAAGCUGUAGACAGUCGCCUGAAGGAUGCAGAAGCGGCAAGCCAAGCUCCUCCUGUGCCACUUGUGGAUGAAACAUCUCAAGGUGUGGCUGAGGAGACAAAUAGAAAGAGCAGGUCUAGUGUGGAGACACAGAAGGUUCAGGGUGCUGAAAUCUACGAUAAACCCAAAGGGCACGCUUCUGAUAGGUGCAGCAGUGAGGCAGGAGGUGGCAGUUCAGAUCUCACCAGUAGGCAGGAUCCUAGUGCGAAACCUGCGAAGAGGGGCAGUGACGGAAAAAGCAAAAAGGUCCCAAGCUCCUCUGAGCAGCCACUUAUUUUGCCUGCAAAGGCAGUCGCAAGCCAAGCGCAGCAUCCCAAGGUGGCCGGGCCGGAGUACGGCUUGGAAGAGACCGAGUUUGUUGACGAGAACCGAAACAUUAAAAACUUCCCUCCAGGGCAUCAGAUGCUUUGGGGUGGAAGCACCGUGAGCUCACUUGGCCCCUUCGGUUCACCUGGCCCUUCUUCCCUUGACGAAGCUAGUUUCAAAAGUCAAGCGGAUCAAUGCCCCUUUCUGAAAUAUCAAAGCAAGGGUGCAGCAGACAUUAAGAAGGAGCAGAUUCCCCCUCCAGAAAUGCUCAAAGAUCCCAGCCGAGGCAAGUGGAACGAGAACCUUGAGCUGCAAGAAGAUUCAGCGAUGAGCGAAGUUAGAGAGGCCAUGCUAGAGACCUCCCUUUUGGUGAAAGCAGGUGACAAGACAAGAGAGAAGAGGAAGAAAGCCAAGACCAAGCAGUCUUCAUCGGACCACCUUGUCAAACAGGAUGCCAAAACAGACGAAGAUCGGGCACUGUCCCCUGUUUUAGCAGGAGGUGGAGGAGUCAGCCUUGUGGACAAAACACCCAGCUCUGGACUCUGUUCUUCAGAAUCAGCAGCAAUGGAGGAGAAGAAGAUGGCUCUGGUGGCAGUUGCUGGAACAGAAGUAGGCUCCUCUGCCGGAAGAGAAGCCGUCAUCCCUCCUGCGGAACUCCCAGCCCUUUGGGAGAAUAAAGAGGAAGCGGCGGCACUUCAUGCCCUUACAGCAGCACUGGUUGGUGGCCGCCCAGAACCAGGGGGGUCAAGUGAAGGCCUUAAAGCAGAUGAACAGGGGAGGUCUGACGGCCCAGACAAGUCAGGAAGUAAGGCAGGAGUAGAUAAAGCCUCUGAGGAUGUUCCCACAGCGGAAGCGGCUUCUGCCAAUAAACCCCAAGACCAUUCUGAGCCUGGAGGACAAGGUGACGUGGACAAGCCAGUGAUCUGCCAACUAGUGCAGUCUGCUAGCAAGGAGGACGCAGCAAGGGAGGCGGCUGAACAGAUGGACACACAGGGACUUGGGUCUACAACUGGCUCAAGUGUAGCGGUCAGUCAGCCGGCGGUUGCUGAAUCUCAUGACCAAGUGACAAAGGAGUCCAAGAGGGAAGAAAGAGCCAGAGCCCCUGAGCGGAUCAAAGGCUACAUGAGACCUACCAAGUCAAGAGGCCUUCCUCCUCCUCCUCCUCCUCCUCCGUUGCGAGUGGCUGCUCAAGAACCGGGCAAGAGGAGGCCUGCGAAGCCCGAUGGCCCAGGCCCACACAGGCAAGAGAGAGCAAAACCAGAAGAGACAAAGGCCGUUUCUGAGGAACUGACAGCAAACGACAUUGCCGCCCCUCCCAAAAAGGAGCUUCCGCCAAGCCCUGAGAAGAAAACUAAGCCUUCAGCCUCUACUCCAGCCAAGCCUGCUGCAGCGAAAACCAAGCCUGUGUCGGCUGCCGCUGCCCCUGCUAAGCGGCCGGCUUCCACCACACCUGGCCAAAACAAAAAAGCCACCAGCCCUACUGCAGGUCCGGCUGCAGCCACCACCCCUAAACGCCCCGUGACCAGCACCACACGACCCUCCACCUUAACUCCUAAAGACGCUAAACCAAAGGGGUCAGAUGCAAAGAGUGUGGAGAAGCGAACCUCCCCUUCAAAGCCACUGUCCGCUACCACCCCUCGGUCUAGUGUGAAAAGCAGCCCUGCCACACCUAGGCCAACGACGGGCACAAAUGCAGCAGCCGGCCCCAGGAGCGCAGCCACUUCUCCCCCCAAGAGGCCCUCGACCAUCAAGACGGAUACAAAGCUUGCCGAUGCCAAGAAGACCACUGCAAAGUCACCAUCGGCUGACCUGAGCCGCCCCAAGAGUGCCCCUGCCUCCACCACUGCCAAGAUCAGCGCUACCACCCCGACAGCUGCCUCCUCUGCUCUGCCCGGAGCUGCUACUAACCGGCCCAAGCCAACUGCACCCAGACUUUCCGGGACGGCGAGCACAAUGGCGGACUCCAAGAAGGCAUCCACACUAAAAGCCGCACCCAAAACCAGCCCCGCUUCCAAGCCCUCUCGGCCUCCGACCAGUGCAUCCGUUCCUGACCUGAAGAACAUCCGUUCCAAGAUUGGGUCCACAGAUAACAUCAAGCACCAGCCUGGCGGAGGAAAGGCAAAAGUAGAGAGAAAGGCAGAGUCAGCUGGGGCUGCCCGAAAGCCUGAACUCAAUGCAGUAUCUAAAACGGCUGUUACAAAAGAGGGGCCCCAAAAGCAGCCCAAUGGGAAAGUCCAGAUAGUCUCCAAAAAAGCCAACUACAGCCACGUCCAGUCCAAGUGUGGGUCCAAGGACAAUAUUAAGCAUGUCCCUGGAGGUGGGAAUGUUCCAAAUGCCCAAAGGCCAGCUUCUGGCAACCACUCCCAGCCGUGCACCGGCCCCAAGCCCAGCCAGGGCAGUACUGAUGUGCAGAUCCUGAACAAGAAGAUCGAUCUCUCCAAAGUGUCCUCCAAGUGUGGCUCAAAGGCAAAUAUCAAGCACAAGCCAGGGGGUGGAGAUGUCAAGAUUGAAAACCAGAAGCUGAACUUCAAGGAAAAGGCCCAGGCAAAAGUGGGGUCUCUGGACAACGUGGGCCACGUGCCAGCAGGGGGCACUGUGAAGACUGAGGGGGGCGAGGAGGCAGCCCCCCAGAACGGAGCUGUGCCCACGCCCCUGCCAGGCAGCAGUGCCGCACAGGAGAAUGGCGUGGGGUUAGCUGCGCCCGCUCAGGGCAGUGGUGACCAAAUGGAAAUUCAGAGCUUCGACACUCACAUACAAGAAACAAGCAUCUAACGAUGACAUUCUGGUGUCGCCUUCCGUCCCUCUCUCCCCUCUUUCCCGCUCCCCCUUGUGUCGCUGCAGAUUGAGUCCCACAAGCUGGUGUUCCGUGAGAAGGCCAAGGCCCGCACGGACCACGGAGUGGACAUCGUAGUCUCCAACCCCCCCGUAUUUUCCGGCGGCCCCUCCCCUCGGCGUAGCACCUCCAUCAGCGAGAGCCUGGGCUCUGUUGCCUCCGCUGCCUCCUUGCCGCCGCUGCAGCAGCGGGCUUCCCUCGCGGAAGGGGGGACGUCUGCUGCCCCUUCUCAGCAAGGCUUGUGACUCUGUCUCCCUUGCCCUCCCCCCACCCCCAAAGCUUGUCUCCCUUAACUUGAAGCCUGGCUUUCUAGCCAGAUCAUGUGGGCAGGGCUCCUACUACGCCGAGGUUGCUCUUUGCGGCUGACUGGCCCUGGUUCCUUUGGGCCUCUCUUGAAUGCAGAAAAGAGUUUACCCAGAGUUCCCUAGCCUGGCUCUUCCCACUCUUUGCUUGGUGGUGGAGACAGAUGUGCAAUUCUGAAUGUACCCCACAAAAAAGAGCUUCCUCUUGACUGGCUGGGUAGGGGUGGCUGGUGCUGCCUGCCCUGAGCAGGUCCUGAGGCCAGGCGCGAGUUAAGGGGGGUAAGCUUUGCUGUCUUCCUUUCUCACAUACAUGCUCUCUGUCUGUCUCACACACACACACACAUAUAUGUGCGCGUGCACACACACCUUGGUCUUUGCGCAGCAUUUCCUGCUGCUCCCUAUUGAAUGCUGGUCUGUGCUGUUCUCACACAUCCUUCACUCUCUUUUGGAACUCUCUAACUCUCCCCCCCCCUUUCUUCCUCUUCCUCCCUCCAUUGUGAAUCGGCGUUGCCGAUUCCUGCCGUGCUCUCCUGGGCUCCCGCGUUCCCACUCCCUUUCCCUUGCCAUAGGAGAAUUAAAGCACCAUUAACCGCUGCCCCAGCUCUGCUGGCUUCUUAUUGACAUAUCCAGGCAUUUUAACUGUGUUCUUUUUAUUUUAUUUUAUUUUGUGUGGUGUUUAUUUUUGUGUGUGUUUAAAAUAUUUUUGAAAUAAUGGAGCAAAAUUUGCAUUAAGCCAUGUUAAUUGAAAGUGAUAAAGGAUGCAUUGAGGGGACUGGAGGGGCUGCCCCUUGCCACAAAAGUGCAAGAGGGGGGCAGUUCAGGAUCCUUUGCACACAACCCAGAGGACUUCGCAUUGGAGGUUUGACCCUCCCCACCCGCCGCCCCUGCCCAAGGCUCUCGGCAUUGCUUCGACCGAGUCAGCAAGGGGCAGGUAUUUAUUUAAUCCACAUCACCGUGGACUUAGCUCCCAGAGGUCCACGCUGAGAGAGGGGACGAGGGCGUAGAGUUUUUGGGAAUGAGGCUGGUGACAGAGAGGCAGUCCGGAGGAGUGGGAGGGGGGCGCUCCUUCCCAGAAGGUCGCUGGAAGUGAAUGAGGGUCUGAAGAGGUUGAGUCCGCACGGGGCUGGGCAGGGGUUAGGUUGAUGUGCCAAGGAGAAUGAAAGAACCCCCGAGCCUGUUUUCUUGGGGGGGGGGGCAGGGGGAGUCUUUAGGAUUCAAGCUCAUUUUGCAUUGCAAAUGACACUAAAGAAAUGAAAUGUAAAUAAAACUUUAAAUUGUGUGUUUUGUGAGAGUUGUGGGAAAAUUUAAUUUAAAUCUGAAAACCAAACUGCAGGGAGAAAAAAAAAGGGGGGGGGGUCCUGAAGGCAGGCUUCCUGCAUGGGGCAAAGGGGGCGUCUGAGGGAGGUGGAAAGUGUCGGGGGGGGUGCUGAAGAAAACUUUCCUCCCCCUCCAUCAGGAUGUUUCUCCGCGACAGUCACCCAAGCUCUGCAUCUACACAGACACAGACGUGUUGCACUUGUCGGGGGUUUUAUAUUGAAGUUUGCAUGAUUUCUAAUAAAAUGGCUUUUUAAACUGUGACAGGGGUUUUUUUUGCAUCAAACUGGCCUGCUAAAUCUCGUAAUCUCAUCUUCCUCCUUGUAAUAUUACAGGAGCUUUUAAUGAAGCAAUUGCAGAUUUUGCACCUGGAAGGGGCAGUGUCGUUCUUCACCCAGCCUCGCACCUUCUCCCACCGCUCUUGCCAGCCGGCUCAGCCCCACCAGUCGAAAGCUGCUGAGUCUGUCCUCCCCCUUCCUUCCUGUGCUUCCCCCUCCCUGGCUCUGAAACCCCCCCCCCCAUGUUGUCACGCAUUGCCCACCAGUCGGCCCAUCCUCGACAUCUCAUUCCUCCUCCUCCUCCCUGACCAGACAUUUUCUGUCACUUGGAAGGUCAUGUGGCAGCAUCUCAGUUUGCACACCAUAAAGGAGCCUGGGCAGGAGUGCCUUGGCUAUCAGGCAUGGCUGCUUUGGGCAGUGAGUUUGGAGCCGGGUAGGACAGACAGCUCUGCCUCCUGCUGGGGAGCAGUCCAGUGGGAACUCUUCCUGCAUGUGCUCUUUUAAGGGAGCCUGGAGGUGACCAGGGAGAUUUCCCCGGAUGGUGCCGUCUUCUUGACUGAAGCAUCAGAGCAUCGCAGGUGAACCCAGUCAUCUCCGAGACCCGAUCUCCUGGCAAGGUGGGCCAGGCACUGCCCUGCACGCCUGUCAGCCAAGCGGCACUUCGUUUGGAAAGGUCCGUGGCCAGCGUGAGGCUGCGGCUGCACCUGGGGGCAUAAGGCGCCUCCUGUAAGCGUGAGGCUGUGGCCUCUCUCUGCCUGCCUUUGUCGCUCAUCAGCAUCCGUCCCCAUGUGUGUGUUUCCCCCCUUCUGAGGCCUGUAGUUGUCCCUGGGCUCAUACUUUGCACGCUCUCCCCAAAUUCUCAAAUGCCAGCUUAGAACUUCCAGUCUGUCAACUUCUCCCUUAGAUCAAAGCGGGGAGAAGAUUUGUUUAGGUGUCCUCUUUUAAUGGGGACAUGUUCCUGAAGCAAUAACGCACACCUGUGCUCUGAAAUGUGGGCCUACUAGGCCACCUUAAAGUGGCAGGUGUGCCAUUCUUUGGCAGGGAGAAGUCUCACGGGAAGGCCAGAGGAGGCUGAAAUACUCAUUUCUGCAGACCAGGAGAAACCCAUACUCCUUGGUGCUGUAGUGGCUGGCAUGUGUAAAAAUCUGGCUCGUCAGUUCCUGUUGCACUGUCCCCCAAACUAGAUGGGGGACUUGGAGAGUGAUUUCACUGUUGGCCAGAGGUCUCAGUUCAGCUGUUUCCACUGCAUACCUUAGACGGACAGGCCCUGCUGAGGGUUUACUGCCCGUUGGUCAGGCAGAAAAGUUCAGAUGAAGUUGCACUUUAUCUUCUGUGAUUGCAAAAAAAACAGUCAGUUUCUUGUAAAGGGUUAAUAAUCCCUCCUCCUUUGUUCCUAAACCAAAUUAUUAUUAUUUGAUUGUCACCUAUUGGUGUGGUGGCAGUGGCCAGCCUUCCAAGCUGUGCAAGCAGUCUUUCUGUCCACACAGUUCUGGCUGGCUGGCCCAGAGGUGGGUGCCCUUCUGUGCCACGGGCUCAGUCUGUCACGCCACGCCUGUGUUUAGCUGCCGAUCCAGAGACAUGUAGAGAUUAGCUGGAGGAGCGCAGCUUUGGGUUCUAAUGGGGAGUUUUAACAAUGCAGUUUUAGAUUUGGAAUGGAUUGUAAAUACUACAGUUCCCAAAAAAGGUUUCAGGUCCCAGUUGGUCUCUCUUCACCUUGCUUGGAGGAAUGAAAGAUGUUCUGGUAUUCUGGCUAAGGAAGCAUGAGAAAUAUUCGUGGGUCUAGCUGUACUUUGGUGCAGGUUGAAAAUGAAGGCUCUAAAUGGUGCCCAAGUGAAAUAUUAAAAGUUUAGAUUUUGCACCUGUGGGCCCUGCAAGACUGAAGGUUGCCACAAUUGAAGGCAGCAUUCAAGUUGGGGGCUAGCAAGUGGAAAAAUUCAGGUGCUGUGAAGAGUAGCUGAUCCGCCUCAAGGAAGCACAGUCCGCUGGCAGUACCUUCUGUGCAUGCUUCGUUGAACUGAACGAGUUCUGCAACAGGGCGUCGGUUGUGUCCUGAAGGACUUCCCAGUGGAUUAUACCAGAUGUUGAUUGUUUUGUGUGGGAAGGCACCACUUGGGGUUUCUGCCUAAGGUGUCAAAGCGGCCCACUCUAGCAAAAGGCUGUGCUUUUCUUCCUAGACUGCACUGUUCUUGUGAAUGUGAGGGGCAAAAACUGCCGUUCUUCAUAUUGUGAGGAACUCUUCCUAGCUUGGAUUGGGCGGGGUGGGGGGUGGGGUGGAUAUAGCAGUUUUGUGCCGGAGAGUCAAGAUUUAGAUAUUUGGCAGAUGCCUGAUACAGUUAGGCCAGAGAGGGUCCCGCUUGCACCAAUUCGGCACUUACACAAAUUUCUCUCAAUUUGGUAAGAAUUUAGUUGUUGGAGUCUUUAGGUUUGGGUUCUCUUUCUUUGAGGAGGUCCAAGUUCCAUUGAAUGCUGAACUUUGCAGUGUUGUAAAGGUCCAUAUUGUCAUGCUUAACCAGAAAUCAGAGGGCCAAGCUUGAUAGUGGCUAAGUGACUAGCUAUGUGCAAUUCUGAGUAGAUUGUGGAGGAAAUAUUGUGAUGAUACUGUGAACUGAUGAAAUUUAGGUGUGCGGCUUGCUGGCCGGCAGAUAAUUGUGUGCUGAAGGCCAGGUGGACACUGACAGGAGUGUUUUUCAGCCUGUAUUCCAAGGAAACCUGUUUUCUUCAAAUAGCUGCUCAGAGGUUUCUCAGAGGAGAUCAUCAGUAAUAGCAGGCGAGCUUCCCUGAAAGGCCACCCACCAUUAUUAAUCUUUGUUGCAAUGCACAGUUCCAAAAGAGUGCUGUAUGUAUUCUAGCUUACUGAGCUGAAACCAGAGCAACAAAGCCCACAAACGUGGCCAGCGUCGUUUGUGAAUUCCUUGGAACAUAACCUAGGAAACUGACUGCCUUUGGGCUUUAGGUUGGUGACAGUUACAUCUAGUGGGACUGCGGGGCGGAGCAAGCACUCUUCCUCUGGCAGGCCAGGAGGACUUGAGGCAGACGAGAGGCAGAUGGAGGUGACUGUCAGGCCGGUUCUGGCUGUGUUCCUGGAGAAUCGCCUUGGGAAGUUUUCCUUCGGAUGGCAGCGACGGUAGGGGUAGAACUUGUUGACGAGAAAGAGCAGGAGGUGCCGUGUUACAUACGUUAGGGCUGGCUGGGUGUCUUUGAGCAGGCACUUGGUCCCAUCACCUAGAGCAGCUGGGCCAGGUAGGGUCAGGGUUAGGGCCACAGCAUCGACUGUCAGCGGGAUACACCACUGAGGGUGGGAACAUGGUUCCUGCAGUUAAGCAAAACUCUUUGGAAUGAAAGGCAUAGGUUGGCCGCUGUGCCCCGUGCCCAGGAGACUGAGCUACAGCCUGGACCCUUUGUGCCCCCCCCCCCGAUGCACCAGUGAUACUUGGUUCUUCUCAUGGGGGGAGGAGUGAGUGAGGGCAAAGACCAAGCAGGUCUUUGGGCAUUAUCUUUCACCGUGCUGCCUCCCAGAGGAUUUCAAGCAUUUUUAAGAGUUGCAAAAGUCCUGGAGGAAGAAGGCAUGCUGGUGACUUCACGGGAGCUUACCAGUAAGUGCUGUCCACUGCUGGCAACACCCCACACCCACACUCAAGUGGAACCUCUCUGAAAUCUCCAAAACACUUUCUUUCCAUCACUCCCCCUAAGAGAGUAAGACGUGUGUAAGUCUCUGCAGAGCAGCAGAGAUGUUGCCAAAUGCUCUCCACCGUAAUUGAAAUGUUCCGUCUGUCUUCAGCCUGCUUGUGGUUUGCACUGCUUGACCUUCAGUCAUGUGAUUGUGCCUCUGGGUAGCUCACGAGUGGCUCCUUGCUCUGGGUACCUGUCCUGGUUGGCAGUCCCUGGUCAUUAUCAUCUCGGCAGCUUUUUCGGUGUUUCCCAGGAUUCCUCCUCACAUCCUCACCAUGUGACAGGCAGAAAAAACCUGAGGGUUUUUUCUUUUGAAGUUUGGCCUGGCACUCCUGGGACAUCAGUGAGCAUUGCGCAGUCCAAGAGUUGUGCAUGGCUGACACUGCAAGAGGUCCACUUGGACCCUGAUGCAGUGGAGUCACUGUGGAGGGCUGAAACGUCUUGGGCCAGGUGUGCUUCUUGGCAGUUUUCUGUGCUUUAUGGGGCAGCGGCCAAGACCCAGGGCAUCCUUGGGCUUGAAAGAACUCCGCUUUCUGAACCCCCUCCUGCGAAGGACAAGCUCCCCAAGUCCGAGGGUCUGCCUGCCGCCUUUCAUACAGAGGGUUUGGGGAAACUCGGGGGUGGGUAUUCUUGCACUGCGGUGUGCCACGCCUCCAAAGAGUGCUACUGGUUUCCUCCUGUGAUCUCGCCAGUUGCCCUUCUGAGAAUCUUAUUUUUUCCUGACCUCAAGCUACUUCUCUCUUUCUCUCUUUCUCUCUCUUUAGACAGAGAUACAAAAAGAAAUGUGGCCUGGGGAAAGAGAGGAGGGCCAACAUGGGAGGAAGUGUUUUGCAGGCCUGAAAUCUCUGGCUUUGGAGAGCAGCUCGCCUGUCCUUUCCUCCUCUUGGUCAAGUAGGAAAAGUGGCACGCAAGGCCAACAGAGAAGUGCAGCUGCCCCUGGGGCAGUUCAAGGGGUUCUUUGUGAUGGCGGCUGUGGAGGAGGUCUGUGGAAGCCUCUCUCGCUGCUCUGCCGGCACUAGAUGCGGGUGAACCCGCAGAGAGAGGCCCCACCUGGCAGCCUCUCUGCAGCAGUAUUGAAUUAUGGGGGGGGGGGGAGGAAGAAGUGCAUGAUGUUGGGAGUGUGGGCACAGGAAUGGUGGGCAGGCAAACCUGCCUGUGGCCUGCGUAGGGUUGCUCAGAGCCCUUGCAUUGCCACAACAGGGCCGGUUCAUAGCUUGUUUACGUCUUGCCUUUAUUUCUUCCCUCUCCUGUUCUUGAACUUGUAAUAAUACUAUGACUGUCUCCGUUAGCAACAUUUCUGGAUUUGAUGUUGUGAUUCUUCUUACUUAAUGUAAAGGGUUUAAAUAAAGCUUCUAGAUGUUCACCCUUG